AUGGGCAUGUGCCCAAUGGCGCAGCUUCAAUACGACCAGAUACGGCAUUUUUGCCACACAAUGGCAGUCCCUCUUGUGAAUGCUCAUCCAUCCAUCGAUGCUGCAAAGACAGAAUGCUGCAUCACCAUUUCCUUACCAGUAUCAGCUCUGACUGGACCUGUGGUCUGUGGGAUGGUGCUCAUCAUUGUCGCCAUGGUGGUGUUGAGGAAGGCCCUCAUAGAGGCCCUCAUAGAGAUGAGACACACGGAUGGCUUCUGCACGUAUGAAAGACACCAAUACACAGACUGUGCAUUGUGCACACCACUGGAACAACCCAUCCUGCAUUGUGGCAAGUCCAAGGCUUGUAUGCCCCAGACCAAUGAAGGAGAAGUUGAAGGAGGUGGCCAUCUGGUGCAGCCUGCCCAAGAGUCAAAGGGAACGGCACGGGUAUGUCCAUCUUGUUUGCAAAGGUGUACUGUUGGUCCAAGUAGUGAUGACAUGUCAAACAGCAAGACUGUACCCAAAGCUCACCCCGCUGAAGUCUACACGAUGAGCGCAGAUCUCUGUUCUGAUGGAUGUAUGGGCGGAAGGCAGGAGGAAGCAGUCCAGCCACCUUCAACAGAGCAGCCCAUUCGGAAGUGCAAGGGCCCAAGGGCGGUUGCAAACAUCCAAGUCUUCCCCGUGUCAAAGUCCAUCCGGACAAUAAAAGUGGGUGGGAAUGGCUUUGUUACACCAGCAAUAAUAGUGAACGACAAGGGAGAAAGGCAGCGGGUUAUGCUGAAGGAAGCCCCAUCCGUUGGUGAUGGCUCACUUGCGAAGCAGGAGGCACUGAACAACGAGAUUCUCACAUUCUUGGACAUACCUGAACACCCACAUGUUGUGAGGGUGCUUGGGUUCAGCAUGGCCGGCAGUCGGACAGACUACCUGGUGACCGAGAGAUUGCGGUGCAGCCUUCAGGAUCUUCUGCAUGGCGAUGCAUCAGGCACAAUUGUGCCGAAGCCCCUGGAGUAUGCGACAAUCCUUGCAAUAGCUGCUGGCAUUGCCGAAGGGCUGGCGCACAUUCAUAGCCAGGGGAUCUUCCAUGGGGACCUCAAGCCUGGCAAUGUACUGCUCGAUGAGAAUCUUCAUCCGAAGAUAUGCGACUUUGGGUCCAGUGGCAGGUGCACACCUUGGUACAAAGGGAGGGCCCAGACGCCGUUUUACAUGGCCCCUGAGUGUGAGGAAGAUUGCUGUGAUGAUCGACCCAUCAAAGCAGAGGUCUACAGUCUCGGUGUGGUCAUGUGGGAGUGUGUACAAAAGGCCAAGCCAACGAUCUCCUCCCAGUUGGAUGGAGAGGAGCACAGAUGUGGAGGGUGUGAAGGAUGCACUCUGCGCAGUUUUGACUAUUUCAACCCGUUUCCUUUCCAUGAGAGCUGUCCAGUCCAGCUCAAGGAUCUCAUUCGUGGGUGCCUUAAGAAGGAGCCAGAUCAGCGCCCAAGCCUGCAAGAUGUCAUAUUGCAGCUGAAGGGCAUGCUGGGCAAGGGUGCGUUGUGA